AUGUCCGUCUGCGACACCGGCAAGCCGCUCGUGGACCUCACCGACGACGGCGAGGUGGGAACAAGCGGCCUGGUGAAGGAUGAGCCCGUCGACGAGCCCGGCGAGCGCGUCAAACAGGAGGUCAUCACCGACGAUAUGAAGUGCAGAUACUUUGUCACGUUGCUUGCAACAGAAGGACUUGGACAUCUCAAUGCCAUGUCGAAUGUCAAGUCAACAAUGAAUGAACUGCAACGAUUAAGAUAUGAUGUGUGGGAAUCACUCCUUGAAAAGACAGAUUAUCUUAACUCUAUUAUUGAUGGGCAACUUCAAGUGUUUGGUGACCGUUUCAAUGAGGUAAAUCCAGCAUUGCUUAUUUACAUGGCCUCUUUCGACCCAAAAGAAUCGUUUGCUACUUUUAACUUGAAGAGCUUAGUGAAGUUAGCUGAAUUUUAUCCGAAUGAUUUUGAUUCAAUGCAAUUGGUUGCUCUUCGUCACCAGCUUAGCAUAUACAUUUACAAUGUGCGGUAG